UCCAAUCGUUAAAUUUCGGAGAAGAUCGGAGGUCAAAAGACCACAAAUUUUUUGCUCAUUUCGCUUUGACGUCGGGGUCAUUUGCAAGAAAAUGUGCGUUUUAUGAAAUAAUCCGCUCGAAUUAAUCAUUCAAAUUAUCCACGAAAUAUCCUACUAGUUCUUUUAUAUCGACUAAACCCGUAGCCAUCACAGUAAGAACGAAAUCCUGAUAACUUCCGGGGAUGGAGGAGUAUGCACGUGAACCCUGCCCAUAUCGCAUUGUCGAUGAUUGUGGUGGAGCUUUUGCCAUGGGAUGCAUCGGUGGGGGUGUUUUUCAGGCCAUAAAAGGCUUCCGAAAUGCACCAUCUGGCAUCAGUAGACGAAUGCUUGGUAGUCUAACAGCCAUAAAAGCCAGAUCACCAGUUAUUGCUGGGAAUUUUGCUGUUUGGGGCGGAAUGUUCAGCACAAUAGACUGCACUCUGGUUCACCUGCGCAAGAAGGAAGAUCCCUGGAAUUCAAUAAUUAGUGGAGCGGCAACUGGUGGUAUCCUGGCAGCUCGAAAUGGUGUUCCGGCCAUGGCAGGAUCAGCAAUUAUUGGUGGGGUGUUGCUGGCACUGAUUGAGGGAGUGGGAAUCCUGUUUACACGACUGUCAGCUGAGCAAUUUCGAAUGCCCAGUCCAACGGAUGAUCCAGCUGUUCUGGGUGAUGCUGCCCAGAGGGAUGGCGGUGGCGGAGGUGGAUUCAGCUUUGGGCAGUCUCAGCCAAAUUACCAAUAGCCUAGUCCAUGCAGCCGGCUUCCAGUGUGGACUCUCUAGCUUUUUGUGUGAAUGUGCCAGGAUCCCCGUGAAAAUGUGAUACAAAUAUGCGUGAGAGAUUUGUGAAAUGUGUGUUCCGUGAGAGAGAUUUUUGCCACCGCAACAAAAAAGAAUCUCAAGUGGGAAGAAUUUAUGAGUAAUUUUAACUUCACUACUCUCUCCUCGCUUGAGUGAGGGCUGUGCCCUCAGAGGGAUUUUUUUUUUCUGGACCUUGGAGACAUGCCCAUUUGAUCAUUCCUGGAAUACUCCGAGGGAUGCAAAAAAAAACACCGAUCCUCUGGAUUUAUUUGGACACAACAGACACAAAAAGAAAGGUAAAAAUUCUCUGUAUAUAAAAAUUAUUAAUUAAAAGUUAAGACUACCAAGACCAAAAACAAA